CGUGCGUGCCCUUUGGACACUGGUUGGUGUGUUGUCGGAAUGGCGUUUUCAGCGUGCUCGACGGCGGCAGUCCGCGCCGCUCUUGCCAAAGCGUGCGUGGAGCUUGGCGCGAACGAGGAUGUGUACCAAGUCGACAUUUACCGCCGUCUGGCGCAGGAGGCCAAAGUGUUGUACGACACGGAGAAGAUUCGCGACCGCGUGAAGGAGCAUCCACUGACUGCGGACAUGGCAAAACAACACCCGCAACUCGUCGAGUUUGUUGUGGAAGACUCUGCCAUCCAUUGCGACACCAAUCGAAACGUAUUCAUGGAAGGCGUAGUCACGUUUGACAGGUCGUUGGCUCAUGCAACCCAACAUCAACACAGCAAGAAGAAGGCCAAAGUUGACCACGACCGCAUGCAACUCGUGUACACGUACGACCGUCAGUAUGCUGGCAAACAAUUUGGCACAACCGUGGCGUUUGGCGUGCACGUUGUGUUUGGGUACGGACAGAAAAUCCCGUUGGUCGAGUGCGCAUUUCGCACAUCAGGGCGAUACCCCGUGAGUUACUAUGCCCGUCAGGCGGAACAGGACUGUGCAUCGCCGAAUGACGACGCUAAAGUCAGCGACGGAGACGAUGGAAGCGAUGCCGAAGAAGGUGGCACGGACGAAGGGAACGAUGCGGCCGGCGAACCCGAUGACGCCGACGCUAGCAACGAUGCGAGCGAUGACGAAGAAGUCGAGAACGCCGACGACGAAGCUAGCUGUGGCGACGCGAUGGAAGUGCGGGUACUCGGAGAUGACGAAAAGGACUGGGAAUACGUCGAAUCGUUCGAGUUUCAACAAGAGACACUCGAGCAAGUGUGUGCAUGGCUCGCGGAACCGAGCGCCCUAAAGGUCGAACUCUCGCCGCAGGACGCAUUGAGUUUUGUGCUUGUCAUGCCAUUUCAUGAGGACGAAUUUGCCGUCGACGACCGAAUAUUCGACAUCGUGUUCAACGAAGACAGCGACGACAGUGACGAUGGCAAUGACGGGAGCGGCAGUGGCGAAGACGACGCAUAACGAGUCUGGCAAGCAAAGUGUAAUGUGAAUCUAUGUGCCCCAGGUGACCUAGCGCAGGACAAAAACCCGACAUGUUUGCCGAUAAAGCUGCACGAGUGCUAUGGGCGGCAAUUUGCAAGCUCUUUCGCAUGUGCUUGGCCCGACGUUCACACGACGA